AUGGAACAAUUGUCAUCAUUCUCGCGCAUUCUCCAUCGCGCAGGCCAGAACGAAGUACAUCGGCGUUUGGAACAAGUGGCGCAACCCUUCCUUGAGGGAGUGGGGUUUGACAUGACGAUGUUUAUCGAUUUCCUGGAAGUUGUUGAUGGUGCCGUGAUAGGAUCUCUCGCGAGAGCAUUCUUUCUUUUGCAUUUGCCUGCGAUGAACGAUGAGCCUGCUCUUCGGUUUGUGACAAUCACCGUGCGGGCAGGAAUGAUGGACACAGCGAAGGCUCGAUUGAGUGUGCAGGGGUAUACAGAGUGGGAGGAGGAAAGUGUGUUGGUCACAGCUGUGGAGUGUGUCAAACAGGUGGCUAUCGGUCAGAAGGUAGCGGACACGAACGGGGGGAUCCGAAUUCGUAUUGUGGAAAGUCGUGGCCAUUCGUUAUUGCCCUUAGCUGGAUCACCUUCAACGUAUGACACCGUCGCAUUCACGGCCACCCACGUUUACAGCAUUAGUCCGACGCAGUUCUUUUCGAAUGUGGCAAUUGUGUCCAGAUAUGCAACACUUGACGACGUUGGGCGAACGAAUCCCAGGUUCAGGGUGACAAUGGAUAACGGGCAUUGGGAUCUUCAUUGUGGUCAUGAAUGUCCUGCAGAGUGGCGGAAGUUUCGGCGGUCGUCAGGGAUGGGAGCGUUCCUGUGGAGGCAAGACGUGGAGGACGAGUUACAGGGCUAUGCGCCGACAUGGGACGGAGGAGAGCGCGAGGUCGAUAAAGCAUGGAGGGCAUUGGUCGAAGCUAGAGAAGGUAUCAAGGAGGCAAGGGUUAAAUUUCGGUUGUUGGCAGCAUGCGAUAAUCCGGCAUGUAUUCAUUACGGAGAUGUGAUGUAA